AUGUCAACUAAUAACACAACAGCUACAACUUCAACAGAUCAACAAAAAUAUUUGUCAGUACUCAAUGAACUAAAUUCUUUUCCCUGUUCACAGUCUUAUUGGGCAAGAAAAUCGAGAAUGUUAACUUUAGAAAGUGAAUUUGGACCUUUAGAAUUUAAUUUAUUAGAAUUUGAUAUUGCCCUGAAAUUUCGAAAUGCGAAGGAUUUGAGCUUUAAUGCACAGAAAAUUUAUCAAUUAGACAAAUCAGAAAAGGUUCGUCAAAGAAUAGGUCAACUAUUUUCUGUUUUGCUCGAUGGAAAUUCUGAUAAACUUUUUUCUUCUGGUUUGUUUUAAAAGUUAUUUUUAAUGGGUAAUACAAGGCUGGAAAUUACGGAAGUUUCUUUAGGAGGUGUUUGGUGAAGUGGUUUAGGCGCAAAUUGGGGGUCUUGGGUUCGAACCCGUUGGUCGUUA